AUUUUCUCCAUGGGCCCCAAAAAUAUCAGGGCCGGCCCUGCAGGGACUUACAUGAUAACAAACUCUCUGGUCCCUUACCUGACUCUCUCAGCAAAAUGCUGAAUCUACAAAAUUUGAAUUUGGCACAAAAUAACUUGAAUGGGCCUAUUCCAGCAUCAUGGGGUCGACUUUCAAACCUUAAACAUCUGGUUGUAAGGGGGAACCACUUGACGGGUCCUAUACCCGAAUCUCUAAUAAAUAUCACCGGUCUAAUGGAACUGGACCUCUCAUCCAAUGAUUUCACAGGAAACGUACCUCAACAGUUGUUCUCAACCCGCGCACCUUCAAGUGAAGACGAGCCAAGGAUUUGGUUGGGACAGAUUAAAAGGUUUUCGUAUCGCGAAAUACAGCUGGCAACUGAUAACUUCAACAAAAGUAAGAUAAUCGGACAAGGUGGAUACGGGAAAGUAUACAAAGGGGUUCUAACAGACAACAUGAAAUUAGUUGCUGUCAAACGGCUAAUGGACUGUGGGAGUCCAGAUGGGGAAAUUCACUUGAUAAGCAUUGCCGUGCACAAGAAUUUGCUUCGCCUCAUUGGAUAUUGUACCACCUCCACCGAGAGAAUUCUUGUUUAUCCAUUUAUGCAAAAUAAGUGUUGCACAUCACCUCAGAGGAGCCUGUGUCCCAGAGCCGGUCCUGUAAAUUAU